UUCUUUUUGUCUUUUAAAUUUUUUAUCAAGUCAUUUGUUGCAAAAAAAUAAUUACUUUUUCAAGUUGUACUGUCUUACACAGGAGGCUUACCAUGGCUGUAACCCGAAAUAAAGCUAGAAAAAAUUAUAAACUAUUAAGUGAAUUUGGUUUGGAUCAGGACGUUCUCGAUGUUUCGGACCCUACUUCUGACAUUUUUGAUCAUGAGACUUCACCUGAUGAAGUGGAUAGGUUGGAACAUAGGAUCCACAAUUUAGAGUUAAGCAUUUCCGAAAAAGAAAGGAAACUUGAAAAAUCCGAUUUUGAAAAACAGGGGGCUAUCCCAAAAACUCGUUUAAAAAAUGGGGAGUCGAGUAAACUUAUUGAUCCGGUCAAGGAGAAAGGUGUAGUUGAGAAGUCGAACAAUCCGCACAAGCCACAGUCGAGUGCUCCUAAAGUGAAAUCAACUGAAAUAGCCGGUAAAAAGACCAAAUCAGCGAAAAGAAAAGACACCAGCGACUCCAAAAGUGUUAAAAGGAAGGAUUUGCAAGUGCUAAGACGAGAUAUGUUUGUGACUAGGAUUUCGGCUUUCGCGAAAGAUUUUAGGUCUACUCUGGUGUGCGAUUCCAUAGCCAAGCAUGUUAAAACAAUUAGAAGGUGUCACUUGCAAGCCUUUCCUGGAGCAAAUAUUUGGGAUAUGAUCAAUUUGCUUAAUUGUGGAACAAUUCAGGUAAAUUAUGAUAUAAUUCUGAUUCAUGUAGGAACCAACAAUGUUGGUACCUAUGAGAUUGCUGAUUUUGAUAUAGGCUAUAAUGUGCUUAUCUCUACAAUUGAGAAAUUAGUUAAGCCACAUACUGUCAUAGUUAUGUCAGCAAUUAUCCCACGCUUACUUGAUUUUCAGAAUACAAGUUAUUUUGUCACUACUAUUAAUUCUAGAUUAAGAAGUUUAUGCUUUAAACGUGGUGUUCAGUUUGUAGCUACUUAUAAACCUUUUUUAAAGUUUGGGAUGCCAGUUUGUGAACUUUAUUCACCCAUCUGUAAGUUACAUUUGAAUUAUUUUGGUAAUUUAAAAUUGACAAAUUUUUUUGUUCAAGUAUUGUCUCAUUGUUAAACAAGAGGAUGUUAAGUCUCAUCUUGUUACUGUUAAACAGAAGGAGCAAUCUUAUUCUGUGCCUUUUUUUUUAUCUAAUUGUGCUUACAGUAGUGGGUGAUUGUAUAUAUCCUUAAGGGAACAUUUUGUUUUCUGGCCAAUCUUGUCAGAAAGAUCUGAUCAUUCAUGUCAGUGGUAUUGUUUGAUAUCUAACCACUCAUGUCGGUAUUAUUAUAUGUAUUUGUUAGAAAUAUCUGACCAAUCAUGUCAGUAAUAUUUUUUUGAUUUCUGACCAUUCAUGUCAGUGAUGUUUUGUGAUUUCUGACCAUUCAUGUCAGUAUUUUCAUUAUUUUUGCUUGUAACUUAAAUAGCUUUUAAAUUUUGUUUAAUAUCAAUCAAUGUGCUGUAGUUACUGUUUGGCCGUUGGGGUUUUGGUGCUGAACAUUGAUUGGAUUAACUUUAACGUCUAUUAUUGUUUUUUCAUAUGAAAUUGUAAUAAUUUGCCAAAAUUAAAUGUUUUAUUUUAAUUCGUUUUAAUUCCUACUGAACAUUUAUUUAGUAUUGCUUUGCAUCCAGUCGUCUCAUAUCUUUAAUAUA